CUCUUCAUCCACACGUCGAGGGACUUGAAAGCUUGAAUAAAGAUGCUCAACGUCUCGGGUCGCCGGAACCUUGUCACCGGGUAAAGCUGAGUUAUCUGGGAGGACGCACACAGAGGAGCCGUGUAGGUUUAGCAGAGGGACAUCAUCGUUUCUUCUUGGGUUUCGGCGCGCGGGCACUCCAGCGACAUGGAACUGAAGAAAUCUAUUUCGGACACCGAGCGCGCGCUCAGGAGCUACGGCGCCGUGUCGGAAACGGCGUGGACAACGGACAAAGGUCAUUCAGACGUGUCCAUGGCAGAGAGCACCAUGUCUCCAGAGGAGAUCGAGGUGGAGAUGACUCGUAUCCAGCGCCUGCGAGAGGUCCUGGUGCGCCGGGAGUCAGAGCUGCGUUUCAUGAUGGAUGACAUCCAGCUCUGCAAAGACAUCAUGAGUUUAAAGCAGGAGCUGAGACAGAUUGUCGCAGUACCAGAGAAAGACAAAAACAAGAAGCACAGGCAGCGGGAGGAGGAGCUGAUCCUGAAGAUCCAUAAACUGGUACAGAAGAGGGAUUUCCUGGUGGAUGAUGCUGAGGUGGAGAGAUUAAGAGAGCAAGAGGAGGACAAGGAGAUGGCUGAGUUUCUCAGACUGAAGCUGAUGCCUCUGGAGAAGAAGCUCAAAGUCGCACAAAAUCCUCCAAAGCCCAAGAGACAAAUCCUGGAGCCGCCCCCCAACAAACCAUCCAUCACCAAGUCAGGAGUGGCCAUCAUUAAGGACUGCUGUGGAGCCACCCAGUGUGUCGUCAUGUAACUGACAGAGACCUCUUUAUGAUCCCGUCCACGUGUCAGACACAACACACUCACAUCACAUGACAUGCCAUUUAUAACUUCCUGUGACUCAGAGAAACCCGGUCAGCCAGGUCUCCCCUGGACUCUGUGAAGGAGUCAGGUUUGUUUAAACAGUUUCAGCCACAAAGGGUCAGCCAGAGGUUUGGACACUGAUACCUAAUCAGUACCCGAGGAGCUUUUGUAACUAAAGACAACAGAAAUGAAAAAUGAUGAGGGAGAAACAUGGGUAUUGUAGAUAAAAAUAAAUCUAAUAUAUAAGUGUGUUAAUCGAGAAACAGAUUUCAUUAUGCAACAUUCCUUUUCAAGAUGGCGAUGUGGUUUAUGACGAUGUGUCUGAUACACAGUACAUGUCGGCAGAGAACUACAAGCACAAGGUCCACAUAGUGAACUGUGAAUACUGGGUUUCUCUGUGUGACAGGAAACAAAAAAAAAAACAUCUGCUUUCACCUCAUCACGUUUGGUAAUGGAUAUUUCCAGACCUGCAACUCUACAUAUUUAUCAUUGUUACUAAGUGGGAGGAACACAUGGUUCAGACAAACAACAGGGCUGCACAUUGAGUGAACAAUGUAAACUGGGUUGGAAAUGGUAGAGGACAGUGACAACCAGUGGAUGCUUUUGCAGUGGAGCUGAGGAAUAUUUUUGAGCAGCAGAAUAAUUCUCUGAGCGGCUUCUUGGCGGAUUAAAAAUGUCUAGUCACUAAAAUCUUAACCAUUAUCAGACACACUUCAAGAAGAGACUCGAUGCUGACGAAACUGACGUACCGCUGCAAACACUGCUGCAACCUCAGGUCAUGAGACAAUGACUUGAACUUCACAGAGGCUGAAGCAUCUGCAAUUAAUAAAUGUAUAUUACUUAAAAAUGCACAAACUGCAAAGACAAAGAUAAACAGGGGCCACAAAACCAAACUGUAGGAUUAUGAUAGUGUUAAGAAAAUGUAUAGGGAAAUAGGUUUGGACAAAAUUAUAACUUAAGAUCAUUUUGUAGCACUACACUGAAAUGUUUGUCCAGACUUUUACUUUACACUCUAUAAAGGCUAAAACCAACAGCCAUACAACCCCAUAUGUCCCACUUUUUAAACUAACAUCAUUAUUUUUGGUAAACCCCUGUAUAUGCCAACACUUACACCAUUUUAUAAUAACAUGGAUUUUUUUCUUUUUAACAAAUGAUCCACUUGCUCAUUCCCCAAAUGCAACACCUCCCCGGCCAUAGUGACAUCAUCUCAGCCAUCAGCUACCGGGAAAUACUGACUGUGGUAGUAUGACAUCAUUCAUGGUUAUUAUGGAUAUUGCAAAUAUUGCUGACAAACAAACAACUUGCAUCCUCUGAAUUUAGUCUUGCGUUUUUAUGAUAAACACCAGGAAAUGAAUGCAACUUUCUUGCAAAUGCCUACAAUAGAUGGUGUAUGUUUGAGUGUAUUUAGGACUUUAGUGACUCAUGUCAAGCAAAGUGUUGCUCUGUCACUUUACCUUCCUUCUGAUAACUUUAGCGUUCUGUAGUAGUAGUAAAUUUACGAAGGUCCUAAUGUUGAAUAUUGAACAAAUAUGCAGAAAAUAAGCUGAAACUACCUGUACAUAUAUGUUUAAAUAAAGAGCAUC